UGGUAUCAACAGAGUCAUGGGUGAAGCAGCCACUGCCACCGCCCCUCAGCUCAGUGAACGAGUCUUAAACUCUCAUAUCUUCUUCAAUACUUCACCAACAUCGCCUCCUUUCCCAAAAAUGUCGGCCCUCGGUCUGCUCCGUAAGGCACUUCGAUCGCACUUCGUUACUCCUUCUGCAAGGGCAAAUCAUGGCCUCCCUGUGUUUUUCCGCCAAUCUCCAAGAUUCUUCUCGACGGAAGGGGAACAACCCCCUUCGGAACCGCCCGCCGAUCCUUUUCUUGAUACAUCAAAAACAGCAGGUUUGGUGUACGGAAAAUUGUAUGGUAUCACAAGGAAUACACUAAAGACGGACAUUGUCAAUUUACUGGAAGGGUGUAAUUUGAAUUUGGAUGAUGUCAAAGUUGAAUACAAUCGGAGUUUCACACCAACCUCUAUGAUGAUGCAGUUCCCUUCCCGUCAGGCUUAUGAUAAUGCGUUUCGAGUGAUUGGAAGAAAAGGUCGCUUGUACAGAUUGGAGCGGGCUGAUCGUUCGCAGUGGGACAUUCUUUCACCUUACAACGGAAAAACUGUCCUUCUGCAAGGAAUACCUCGAAACGCAUUGGUAGAAGAUGUCGAACGCUUCUUAUUGGGCUGUGACUAUGAUGCAACCUCGAUCAAUAUGUUUUUCAGGGCGUCCUUUCCAGAACCCAUGAGACUGGCUACAGUUCUGUUCCCUUCACCAACACAAGCAAUGCACGCAUUUCUUACAAAGAACAGAGGGUUUUGCCUGAACAACCAAAUUUUGAUGCGGGUUCUCCAAUAAUUAGUAACUGUUAUCAUCUAUAUUCGACGCAUAUUUUGUGUUGGCUCGAUGGCUGGGCGUUUUGUUAGUGUUAUGAAUUAUGACUUGAAUCUUCGUUAUCUCAAGCCUCCAGGUACUAAUCACAUUCAUUCAAAGUGACCUUAAAAUCUUUCUUUUUUCACCAAGUUUUCUGUUUGUUUGGGCUAAAGAACUGCAUCUGUAAGGAAGGAUAUUUGGAUUUUGAAGUUAUUUAUGAACAAUAAGAUUGUUGAAGUUAUAUGA